AUGAGUACAAUUCCAAAAGAUUCAAUCGACGAGAUGGUGUCGCGUAUUGCUAUUCCCGACAACAUUCCCAUCCAGAAUCUUCCAGUGUUAAAUGCACCAGAGCUGAAGCUAAUUGGCCGCUGCGUGAGCUUUUGCGUGAAGCUGCCUGCUAACGGCGCCACGUCCGUCUCCUCCUACUACACAGGCCUUGUGUCCAUGGUCACAGGGACUUCGGUUGCCUUGAUAUACGUGAACCGGUAUACGCAUGAGGACUUCGAGGAGUACAAGGCACUGGAACAGCGCCUAGCAAACAAUGAGAACCCUGCUCCGGACGAGCAGAGGACUGUCGAAUCCGCUCCACACGGUAUGAACAAACUGAUGCGCAGUCUCCGCAGGUUACACAGUGUUCCUACAAGGGCCGACGUUGACGCCUCAGCCAUGCAGUCUGGCCGAUCUGUCUUUGAUGGGCUGCCGGCGCACCCAAACGCUAAGGAGGGCGAAGCGAGUGCUGACGAUGAAAGGGCGCUUUCCAUCACAGCGGAUCCGUGUGUGCUGUGUGCAACGGAUGCCGCCGGCAGCUUGGCGCCCGCGGUGCCGCUGACAACCGUGGCGGAGCUAGAAACUGCCGAAGUGCGCGACGGGGAUGUGAGGGAGUGUGUGUCGGAGGCCGCUCGACUUUUGUUGGCGGAGGGCGCCGGUGGUGCCGGUUCUGUGAGCCGCGGUUUGCAAGUCAGGGCCUUUCGGCGCUUCAGCGGAUCCAUCGGGCCGAUCCCGUACGUGACCUUCUUGCGCAAGAGCAUCCACGACGUCGAAUUUGGUCGCGACCCGAACGCCAUCUUCUACUCGCUCUUCCAGAACCCGGCGAAGCACAUUGACGACAUGCAGUGCCUGCGCAUGUUUGUGCGGCGCUACCUGGUGCACACGAGCGAGGGUAACAACCCGCGCCAGGUGCCGCUCUACGCAUUCCUGUCUGCCCGGUGUGCGUGGCCGGAUGUGGACCGUGAGCUGGUGAAUCGGCUGGUGCAUGAGGAGCUUGCCGCUCUCGUCAAGGCCGACCGCGCCAUCGCGGCGGAGAAGGAGCGAAAACGCGCCCGCGAGGAGCGGCAGCUGCAGCGUUAUCGCGCGCCUGCUGGCCUCUUCUCCAGUACGGGCAUCCUCUAUCUCACGAAAAUUCCGCAGGGCGCCUUCCUUGCAGCAGUGGUCAUCCUCGUCGUCACCAUGAUCUUCGCGAUGCUUCUCAGCGUGUCGUUGAGCACUGUGAGCGACUCCCUCAUCAUAACCUUCCUGAGCAAGUUUAUGAGGAGCUUCUUGGCAGCAAUCGUUGUGUGGGGAAUCACCGGCAUCACCGGCAUCGUGUACGCCACAGUGGUGCACUUGCCGCUUCGCGAGUGCACAAUGUUAGUGGGCAUGCACGUUUUUUUUGCCUUCUUCUCAACGGUCUGCUGCAUCAUGUGCAUCGUGCUCAUCCUGGCGAACAUUACAAAGGGGGCCAUUUACAAGCACAUGGUGAGCCACCGAACACUCGAUCUCUGCGCCUUCUAUAGCCGGCGCAACUGCACCGGGUUCCUGCAGAGUUGCGAUGUCAUGGACGCGUAUAACGUAAACCUUUGCAGCACAUGCCCCCAAAUGCUGGCGGCAGGCGGCUGCUACGUUGUUGCUCGGAGAAUGGUAGAUGCGGCUCUUGCUCCGAUGCUUGUGUUCACUCUUUUUAUCACGAUUGCGCUGGUCUACGUAGGCAUUCUACUCUUUAAGCUACUGGUAGCGGCUAAGGCAAUGACUGGUCGCUUCUUUUAG